GGAGGGAUAAGAUGCCACCUCAAAUGCUCAUCCUCUUUUUUGAGUGAAAAGUGUGGAAACAUGAUGUGGGAUGGAUAGACCCCCAAGUGAGACUUAUAAUAUGGCCUCCAGUGAAGCUGACCCCUCUGAUCCUCCCGGGAACCCCCAGCCGGGUGACCUCAUCGAGAUCUUUCGGCCGGCCUAUCAACACUGGGCGCUUUACCUGGGGGAUGGUUACAUCAUCAACCUGACACCUGUCGAUGAGGGCCAGGCGGCGGCCAUGUCCAGUGUGAAGUCGGUGUUCAGCCGGAAGGCCGUCGUGCGCAUGCAGCUGCUAAAGGAGGUAGUGGGCGGCGACUCGUACCGCGUCAACAACAAGUACGAUGACAACCACACCCCUCUGCCCGUCCUUGACAUCAUACAGCGAGCGCAGCACCUCAUUGGCCAAGAGGUGUCAUAUGACCUCCUCGGGAGCAACUGUGAACACUUUGUGACGCUGCUGCGAUACGGGGAAGGAGUUUCUGAGCAGGCAACGCGAGCCAUCGGCGCCAUCAGUCUGGUGACGGCGGCGGCAAGCGCCUUCUCAGUGCUGGGCCUUAUUAACACACGCUCCAGGAACCGCCCAUUCUGACCUCCGACCUCCGACCUCUGACCUCCCCUUAUCCUCACCAAGAGCCAUCACAUAUGACCUCUGACCUAA